UGGGAGGAUGAGACGCUAAUCGUGCCUGGGACGUCCGCCUAUACGAACAAGCUGAAGGCUGAUUGAGCAAAGAGUAUAGAGACCGAUCAGAGAUUGGCUGCUCGUCAAUAGAGUAGGCGGGCCUUACAGGGCGGUGCCCGGGUAGCUGAGGAGGAGGAAGAUGGCGCCGUGAGGGGGGUCCGAGCUACUGCCGCCUCCUCAUUCUUGUCGAUCCAAAGAGCAGUAUGGCCGCCACUGCUGCUGUCAGUCCCAGUGAAUAUUUACAACCUGCUGCUUCAACAGCUCAGGAUUCUCAGCCAUCUCCACUCGCCUUGCUUGCAGCCACAUGUAGCAAGAUCGGUCCUCCAGCAGUUGAAGCAACUGUCACCUCUCCUGCCCCUCCUCAGCCUGCCCCUCGGAAACUGGUCCCUAUCAAGCCAGCACCACUCCCUCUCAGCUCCAGCAAGAACAGCAUUGGGAUCUUGUCCUCAAAAGGUAACCUUUUCCAGAUCCAGGGCUCUCAACUUGGGACAUCUUAUCCUGGUGGGCAGCUGGUUUUCACCAUCCAGAACCCAGCUGUCAUCAACAAAGGAGCCCGUUCCCCUGCCAAUAUCCAAUACCAGGCGGUUCCACAGAUCCAGACGGCAUCUGGGCAAACCAUUCAAGUACAACAGAACUUGGGAAACCAGAUCCAGAUUAUUCCUAGUACCAUUACCUCUUCCUCCUCCUCCUCCACUUCUUCCUCGUCUUCAGCUCAUAAGCCUGUGCCAAUCAAGCCAGCCCCAGCUCAUAAGACCCCAUCAGCUGCUGUCCAGAACACCAGCAACGUUGUCAAGUUAACGGGCACCAGUGGCAACGUCACACUUACUCUGCCAAUGAGUAACCUUGUGAGUACUGGAGACACCAGUGCUCAGACACAGAUUGUUCCAGACAGCCCCUCAAAACCAAGCAAGAAAACCAGGAAGAAAGUGGCUUCACCCACCCAGACAACUGCAAUGGCUGUGACUGAGCAAGUGGAGACAGUCUUGAUAGAGACCACAGCAGACAACAUCAUCCAGGCAGGAAACAACCUGUUGAUUGUGCAGAGUCCUGGAUCUGGCCAGCCGGCAGUGGUCCAACAAGUGCAAGUGGUCCAACCAAAACAAGAACAGCAGGUUGUUCAGAUCCCCCAGCAAGCUCUGCGGGUAGUCCAGGCAGCCUCAGCCACACUCCCCACAGUUCCUCAGAAGUCCCCACAAAACUUCCAGAUCCAGACAUCUGAGCCGAUUCCAACUCAGGUUUAUUUUAAAACUCCCUCUGGAGAGCUGCAGACAGUGCUACUCCAAGAAGCUCCUGGCGUGACAGUGGCCCCUUCCCCUACAGCAUCCUCGACCACAUCCUGCAGCAGUCCUGCCCCCCGCAGUUCCCAAACAGGAGGAAGUACCAAAAAGACAACCGGGGCUCGAAAAGAGCGUGCCCUGCCAAAGAUUGCCCCUGCCGGAGGCAUCAUCAGCCUCAAUGCGGCUCAGCUUGCGGCGGCUGCUCAGGCAAUGCAGACCAUCAGCAUCAAUGGGGUUCAAGUCCAAGGGGUUCCUGUCACAAUCACCAACACUGGAGGCCAGCAACAGCUGACAGUGCAAAAUGUCUCAGGCAACAAUCUGACCAUCAGUGGACUGAGCCCCACCCAAAUCCAGCUGCAGAUGGAGCAGGCCCUCUUGGGGGACCUGCAGCCUGGAGAGAAGAGACGGCGAAUGGCUUGCACCUGCCCCAAUUGCAAAGAUGGAGAGAAAAGGGUGGGAGAUCAGGGGAAGAAGAGGCACAUCUGUCAUGUGCCUGAAUGUGGGAAGACUUUCCGCAAGACCUCUCUGCUGAGGGCCCACGUGCGCCUGCACACAGGAGAGCGCCCUUUCGUCUGCAAUUGGGUCUUUUGUGGAAAACGAUUCACACGCAGUGAUGAGCUGCAACGGCAUGCCAGAACACAUACAGGUGACAAGCGUUUUGAGUGUGCCCAGUGCCAAAAGCGCUUUAUUCGAAGUGAUCAUCUUACGAAGCAUUAUAAAACCCACCUGGUCACUAAGAACUUGUAGGGCUUGAUGCCACCAGGAGAAGCAGGGGAACAGUGUGGGUGUUUGGUGACCACUUGCCAUGACGAAUGGUGUCUGCAAAGGACAGAAGGCCCAAAUAACACUCCUGACUGAGACAACAUCUUUCCCAGGCAUAUCUACGCAAGGAAGGGAGUGACUGCUGUCAUUUCUUCCAUGGCACACUCCUUUGAAACUUCUUCAAAGAUGCAUCAGGUGCUGUGGCUUCAGGCCUGGGAUGAAUAAGGAACAACAUGGCUCAGAGUGGAUUGGCUAAAAAUCAGCACAAACGCCAGGAGACAGGCAGGAAAGGAUUGUGAGAGAACAAGGCGAGGUCUGUCCGUCCUCCAGUCUCAGGACCAGGCAAAGCCAAUGCUCUGUACCACUGCACCAAAGGGCGUCCUUGUGUGUUUUGACAGUAGCACCAGCGAAACUGCCCCAAUCAUAAUCUUGGUUCCCUCUUCCCAUGCGCCCCCAUGUGCUUGUGAAGCUUUUGAAUGGAGGGAGGGAAACCACCAGAAAUGGGACCCUCUGUGUCCCCCCAGCACAUUCCUACUUUAUAUUUAAAAUUAUAAAUAUAUAUAAAUAUGUGUAUCUAUAUAUAUUUAAAAAAACUCCUUAGGAAGCCCCCUCCCCUUUUUCUUUUUCUACAGAGAAUGUUGCCUUAUAUUUUCUCCCAUUGGCUCCAAAUUAUGUAUUGUGAGCAGCUUUUUCUAAAUUUAAUAAUUCCUUCAGAGAGACAAAAAAGCAAAAAUAACUUAUACCAGUAGGUAGGCACAGCCCAGUGGCCCUGUGGAGGGCUCUGUACCUGUGCAGUACCAUGUUCAGGUGUAUGAACAAGGGCAUGCCCUGUACACGGAGAGUGUUUUCUUCUAGGAUGUAUGUGGCGGCAGCACGUUGUUCAGGAGAAUGGAGUAUAUCAAUAAGUGAUCAGGAGCUCUUGUGCAUGUGUGUGUACCAGAGCUGCUGUACUGCAGCCCUGCAUCCUCAGCUGGACAGCUCCAGGUGUAGCAGAAAAUUGCAUGUACAUGGAGCACAUGGGUGGUAUAAUGUGCAAUUCUGCACUGCUUGAUUCAGCUGGUUUCCACAUGCCUCGUGUUGUGCCUCCAAAUGGAGAAGAUUGCUAUCAAUACAUUGGGGUGAGAUCCCACAAUCGAAUGCAAGCUUGCACUUUUGAGGCCCUGGUGAAGUUAGGGGAUGAUCUGUGUGCAGAAAUAGAGGCACUCUUUCCCCUUACAGUGUUCUCUUUCCUCCCAACUUCCCUUUUUGUUCUAUUGGAUUUCUAGCCAGACUUUCCCCCUUUAAAACCCUACAGUAUAGCCCCUUUCAGUGUAUUAUAGUGUACAUUGUAUCAUAGACUAUAUAUUGUGUUAUGUGUUUCCUACAUGUUCGAGAAACAUACAGCUUGUUAUUUUUGAGCUUUUAAAUUAAAAGAAAAUCCACUUUA